AGAGGCGGGGUAAGAAGUCCGAAGAAGUGCCGUACCAUAGUUGAAGACAUUUAAGUUUUGAAUUUAUAUCGGAUCACGGGGCAGGGGCGGAUGGUUUCCGGGUGGGGUUCGGGUGGAGUUUUGGAGUAGUUAUGAACUGAACAAUCAUUAAUUUUGCAGUUGAGUCUGCUGCGAUGCCUUUCCUAGCAACAAUUUGAAGUCCGGUUGGCUUUGAGGAGGUUCCUAAAACUGUCAUAAACCUGGAAGAAUUAAUUUCGGUUUUAUGAUGGUUCUAAGAAUCUCCUCGAGUUCGUUGGACUUGAAAAUGUUACUUGAACUGCCAUUCUCAAGUAACGUUUUAGGUCAUGUAGAUCCAAGGAGGCUGUAAAGACCUUCAUUAAAACCAAAAUAAAAUCAUCUUGGUUUUAUGGCGUUCUUUUAAUCCCUUCAAUGUCAACGAGUCUUCAAAUUGUUGCUAGGAAUUCACUUUACGCCCAACGUAGUUUCUCGGUGUUCAGUCAUACAUGUGAAUGGAAGCUCCGAAAAAAUCAUCUCACUUGGUUGAAAAACUAUUACGUUGGGCAUAUAGUUGGUAGCACCGUGUGAUAGUAGUAUUGACUAUAUUAUUUAUAUACUACAUUUUUCAUCCAUAAAAGCAAUCAAAUUCAAUGGCUUCUUUGAACUAUUCUGAUUAGAUCGUCCUAUCCUCUUUGGAGCCACCAUAUUGUCCUGGCUAAUCCGGGCAAAAGUUCAUUUAAAUAUGCCUAGCGGUCAUAAGGACCACCCAAAUGUUCGUAUAAGCCUUUCUCAUUUCUCAGGCUUCUAUGGGCUACUUUAAUUUCCUCCUGGACCACUUAAAUUUUCUUGGAUAGCCAGAAGUCUAUUCUUCGAAGCGGUGAUCAUUGCAUCUAUAAUCCACCAUGAUCCUAUCCUCUAUUGGAGCCACCAUAAUGUCCAGAUUGAUCGGUCCAAGGUUCAUUUGAGUCAGCCCAGUGCAGUGUUCAUGAGGCGCUACCCCCCAAUAUUCGUAGAAACCUUUCUUAUAUUUUCAUGAUCCUCUUUCAAAAUUCUUUGGGCUACCUUAUCUCCAUUUGUACCACUCCAAUGUUUGUUUGGACUAUCCUAAGGGCUUUUUUGACUACCUUGAUGUUUGUUUGGACCAUUCCGAUGUUUCCAUGGAUCAUGACCAUGCUUCUUUGGGUCAAAUAGUGCUACAUCGGCCAUUCCACCUUUUGGUGAUACUCUUUUUUGUAAACAUGGACACUUUUAAAACUCUUGUUUUGAUCUGGAUAUAUGAGGCACUUAACCUUCCGUAACUCGCGCGGUUGACUACCUGCGUCAGCACCACACUAAUGCUGAGUACGAAAAGCGAGAUUUUUUCAACGUGUUGUACAAAAUACAACAGCGCGAUCGCUCGAGGGUUAACAAUACUAUAAUGGGGCCAAUGUUUCGUCGAACCUAGUCAUUUUAUUCCUAGUAAUCCUUGUAACUAUCAUGGCCAUCGUAAUGACAAUCUUAACAAAUUCAUCGUAUCUUCGGCCCUCUCAGAUUUGACUAUCCCAACCUCUAUUGGAGCCACCUAAAUGUCCAGAUUGACCAGUCCAAAGAUCAUUUGAGUCAGUCUGGUGUUAAUUAGACCAUCUAAAUGUUCGUUGGGACUUUUUUUAUAUACCCAUAGGCCUUCCUUAUUUGGACUACCUUAUUUCCAUUCUCACUACUUUAAUGUUUAUUCGGACUACCACAACAGCUGCAGUCUAUCCUGAUGUUGGUUUAGACCGUCUCGAUUGCCUCCAACGACCGUUUACAUAUUUUUUUAGGCCAAAUAGAGCUGCUUGGGACAGUCCAAGGCCCUUUCGGUGAUGCUCUCCCUUCCAAUUUAGUCAUCCUUACAACUGUCAUGGCAAUUUUGAUGUGUAACUUUUUAUAGUUCUUAUGUCGACCUUGGUUACCCGUAGAUCCUUAUGAAGCGCCUUUUGUUCAUUAUAGUUGCGUUCAUAAGGACAGCUCAAACGUCCGUAAUGGAUUUCAUAUAGCUCCAUGAACCCUUUACAUGAUUCAUUGGGCUACCUUAACUUCAUGUGUACCACUUAAGUACUUUAGAUCACCUUGAAGCUCGUUUUGGACAUUCUUUGGGCAAUAUGUCUAUCUUUACCAAUUUCAAGUUGGAUCAUAUGGUAUAUCCAAAUCCUCCUUAGAGCCACCAGAUUGUCCAGAUCGACCGGUCCAAGGUUCGUAAAGACUUUUCAUAUAUCUCUAUGGGCAUCUUUCAUGAUUGUUUGAGCUACCAUUUCCAGAUGGACUAGUUCAUGGUUCAUUUGAGUAAGAUAAUGUUCAUAAAAGCAGCUCAAUCGUCCGUAAUGGAUUUCAUAUAGCUCCAUGAGCCCCUUACAUGAUUCUUUGGGCUAUGAACAUCUUUACCAACUCCAAGUUAAUGUGGAUCAUACGGUCUAUCUAAAUGCCAUGUAAUCCUCUUAGGAGCCACCAUAAUGUCCAAAUUGCCCAGUCCAAGGGUUAUUUGGGUCAGCCUAUAGCUGAUAAGCGUCAUCGAAAUGCUCGCCCAAGCAUCACACAUGUUAUAUAAAAGUUACGACAGCGCAAGUUUUGGUUGUAUAGAAGUUUAUUUUACGUUAUUACAACACUAUGUUAGAAUUACGUAUAAUAAACUUCUAUACAACCUGCGCUGUCGUAACUCUAUUAUAACAUGUGUGUUGCUUGGGCGUAAACACAUUUCUUAUAUCUCCAUGGGCAUUUUUCAAGAUUGUUUGAGUUUCCCAAUCUUCAUUUACACCAGUAAAGCACUUUGGACCACCUGAAGCUCGCUUUGGACAUUGUUCGGACAUUAUGUCUAUCAAGACCAAUUCAUAGUUAGGGGCUGUCCAUAAACCACGUGGUCAUUUUUUUGGGACUUUUCAACACCCCCCCCCCCACCGCGUGGUCAUUAGUCCAUACAAAUUUUUUUAUUUGUCCAUACAAAAUGGUCAUUGGCCGAAGCCCCUCCCCCACCCCAAUGACCACGUGGUUUAUGGACAGCCCCUUAUUGAGGGUCAUCCUUACAUUUAUUUGGUCCAUAUAAAUGUCAUCGAAUCCUCUGUUGGAGCCACCAUACUAUCCAGAUUAACCGGUCCAUGGUUCAUAUGAACUAGACUAGUGUUCAUAAGGACAGCCCAAACGUCCGUAAUGGAUUUCAUAUAGCUCAAUGAGCUCCUUACUGGAUUCUUUGGGCUACCUUAACCUCACUCAAGAACUUUGGACCUCGAAGCUCGUCUUGGACAUUCUUUGGGCAUCAUGUUCAUUUUUCCGAAUCCAAAAUCAAUGCGGGUCAUCCUAAUACAUAUUUGGUCCAUCUCAGCGCCAUCUUAUCCUUUUUGGGGCCACCAUAAUGUCCAGAUUGACCUGUACACGGUGCAUUUUAGUCAGCCUAGUGUUGAUAAGGGGCACCCAAAUUUUCGCAAAGACCUUUCUUGUAUCUUCAUGAGCAUCUUUCUCGAUUGUUUGAGCUUGUCAGUCUUCACUCUAGUCAAUUAAGCACUUUGGACAACUUUGAAGCUCGUUCUGGACACUCAUCGGGCAUCAUGUCCGCCUUAAUCAACCCAAAUUUAUUGAGGGUCAUCCUUACACCCAUUCGGUCCAUCUAAAUGUCAUCGGAUCCUUUAUUGUGGUCGCCAUAAUAUCCAAAUGGACUGGUCCAUUGUGCGUUUGAGUUAGACUAGUGUUCAUGAAGGCAGCUCAAACAUCCGUAAUGGAUUUCACAAAGCUCCAUGAGCCCCUUGUAGGAUUGCUUGAGCAAUCUCAACCGCAUUUGCGGCACUCAAGUACUAUGUACCACCUUGAAGCUCGUUUUGGACUCUCUUUAGAUAUCUUGUCCAUCUUUACUAAUUCAAAGUUAAAUCGGUUCAUUUAGGCCAUCUAUGUGCCAUCUAAGUGCCUAAUCCUCUUUGGAGCCACCAUAAUAUUCAGAUUGGUUUAUUUGAGGAAGCCUCGUGUUCAUAAUGGCAACUCAAGUGUCCGUAAUGGAUUUCUCAUUGAACUCAAAACCACCCUGAAGCUUGUCUUGGACAUCCUUUGAGUAUAAUGGGCCAGUGCUUGAGAAGCAGCCAAUUCUACAAUGUGCUUUGACUGUGUGUUAAUCACUAUUUUGAACCACUUUCCCAACCAAAAUGUCUGCUUCCCAAGCAACACACAUGUCUUAUAAGAGUCAAGGCUGCAAAAGUUUCGGUUGUUUAGAAGUCACUAUGACUUACUCCUAGCAUUGUGUUGAAAGUAAGCCACAUUGACUUCCAAACAACCAAUUCUUGCAUUGCAGUGCAUUUUGUGUGACGGGUGUGUUGCUUGAGUUCACAACCCGGAUCGAAUGCCGAAUGUUACUGUUAUUACAACUUUUGUAAGAUAAUUUUAUUAUAAAACAGUUCGUGUCAGUCUGAGCUGAGUACAAAGAAGCCAUUUUAUUGAUCUCUUGGAUACUUGAAACUCCUCUAAACUUCAUUUUAUCAUGCAUUUCCCAACAAAAAAAAAACAAAUUUGUUACAAUAACGCUUACGUAACUUGUUUUUGUUACAUUGAAGUUACAGCAUCCCAAGCAGCACACAGAUGUCACGGAGGAGAGUAACGGCAGCACAAGUUUUGGUUGCGCAGAUGUGACUGCCCAAGCAACAAACAGGUUUUAUAGAAACGCAGAUUUUGGUUGCAUAGGAGUCAUUUUGACGUAGUUCUAGCAUUGUGUUAGAAUUACGUCAAAUUAACUUCUUUACAGCUAAAACCUGCGCUGUCGUGAUUCUCACACGACAUGCGUGUUGCUUGGGAGUGACUAACUUUCAGCAUAAUGCUGGAAGUAAGUCACAGUGACUUCUGCGGCACCAAAACUUGCGCUGCCGUGACUCUUCUGUGACAUCUUUGUCGCUGCUUGGGCAACGUUAUCACAAACCUCUAACCCCAAAACUCCACCCAAAAACCACCUGCAAGCAAUUUAGGUCAAUUCAUGUAGAAAAAAAGCAAAAAAAGAUAAACGACGCUAACAAAUGUAUAAAAGAGGAAGGGCUAGUUCGUAGUACGGGAUAAAUCAUGUGUGUAGAAAUGUUCCAUGCGUUACAUCGUUAAAACAUCGAAAUCAUAAAAACAGAACACGAAAAUCAUGACGACGUCAACAAAUUCAUCCACAUCUUUGUGUGAUCACGCAAUCGCAAUCAAUCAUUCAUUUUUACGUGUACCUAUUUGUAUUUGUAUAGAGAGAAAAGAUACCGAAAUAUGUAAAUUUGUAACCCGAGUGAAGCUCUAGUUAGGGAAGAGUCAUCCGGAGGAACCGGGUAUGCGGUUACUUCACGGAGUUAUUUGUAUAGUUAGUUGACAAAAAUUGUUACAAAAAGUGAAAAUUUAAAAAAAAAAGGAUGUUGUUCAGAUAUAAACAGAAAAAAAAACAUUGUAAAUUGUACAUAUACAUGGAUGUCAAACAAGGAUCGAAUCCAACCGAAGUAAACCUAUCGAGGUAAACAGAGUGUGAGAGAGUAAUAAAAGCUACCAUAACAAAAAAACAUUAACCACCAACACGUGUUUUGAAUGUUUCCCGAUGCAUACUAAUCCCUGAUGAUGAUGUUGUUGAUGAUGGAAUCGUGUGUCUUCCAAAUUCCUCGGUCCCCGGUUAGUUUUUGUCUGUCUGUACAUAAAAGGGGGUGCUGUUGCACGCCGCUGCCGGCCGCACCAUUCGAACACCGAUCGAUUUGGGGCGGCGGCCGGCGUGGAGGGCUGUUGUUCUUGGUUCUUGUAUCUUGUUUCUUGUUGUUGGCACCCUAGUACUCUAACCAUGUUUCGUUGUUGCAUGUCUUGUUGUUGGUAUCGAAGAAGAAGGGUUCAGAUGAGUGAAGGUUUAUUGCGGAGUUGCGCGCGGUUCGGUUCGGUUCAGUUCGAUGUGGCCAGCAAACAAUCGGCCGGUCAGGCUAGCCAGGCCGUCAAAGAUGCCAUCAACCCGACCCGACCACCGCCAACUUCCACGACCGACGACACGCCCGAUUUCAACCGCCAGAAAGUCUCCCUCCAAGUGCCGGACGCCGUCUUCGGAAGCUCGUUCUCUCUCAUUACCAACAUCUCGACGCAGUUCGGUAAUCUGAUCAUGAACUCCGCUCGCCGUGCCGGACAGUUUCUGUGGAUCGUCCAACCUCUGAUCGGUAAGCAGUUGACCAUUGAGGUUCCGACUACGACUACCACCACCCCAAGGCCAACGACCACAACCACCAGGGCUACUACAACCUCCGGGACCACAACUGCUAGGAGCACCACAACAUCCACCACCUCAAGAGUAGCUACCAGUACUUUUACGGUUGUCAGCUCCAGAGCCGAUACGAACACCAAUGAAAUCAAAUAGAUGGGGUUUAGGGGAUGCAUCAUUGGACGAGAGCUAAUAACUGUCAAAUUUUCGCACAGGAAAGUCUUGAAAAGAUUGGUGAUGAACAACUAUUAGGCUUAAGGGAUGAUAUUUAAGGGCGAAGCAGGUCAAGUGGAGUGGAUGCUUGUUACACCAAUUAUUUAUUUCCAGCUUAGCAAGUAAGAACGCACGAAGCUAUGGUGAAGCAGUUACCUUUAGGUUGUAAGAUCAUAUGUAAAAUAAACGAUCACAUGUUUUUGUCUUUUAUUGUUGUUUUU